AUGGUCGCCAUCGCUCUCGUUGCGUUCUCCCUCCUGGCUCUCGGGACGGCUUUGGAGACACGAAUUUGCAGCGGCCCUCGUGGUAAUUACCCGUGCUUUGGCUCGAUACCUUACAAGGAAUUCAAACAGUCUCACCUCACCCGCGGCGGUGCGACAGACAACAAAUCCGACGUCGAGUGCCUCUAUAACAAGGACGCGAGCUACACCCACGUGCACAUGCACCAGGCGCGCCACGCCGACCUCUUCGAGGACUUCUGCAAGGACAAGCUCCCGGACGACGAGGUGUACGUGCCGCCGCAGCACCAGCCCAUCAACCCGGAGGACGAGGACGACGUGGUCCCGGACCAGCACGCGGCGUUUGGUAUCGCCAAGGCGACUCAGCGACAGAAGGAGGCGGCGUGGAAGGACCUGGGGUUGUCGGGAUUGAUGAAUCGGGGACCCAAGGGAGCGAAAAGCAAUGGAGGCGCUGGUGGCAGUCGGAUGCCGCGGUGA